AUGAACUGUACGGGUGGAGCUCUUUUCCAGAGUGGGAACUCCCCACAGUACAGCUCAAGUGGCAGCUAUGAGAGCGUGAAGAUGGACUUGGGCGCGGAGGACCUGACGCUGGGGCGCCACGGCAGCCAGGUCGCCCCCGACGACGACGACGAUGACCACGACGACCACGACGACAACGACAAGAUCAACGAUGCCGAGGGCGUCGACCCCGAGAGAUUAAAGGCCUUCAACAUGUUUGUGCGAUUGUUUGUGGAUGAGAACCUGGACCGGAUGGUGCCUAUUUCCAAGCAGCCAAAGGAGAAGAUCCAGGCCAUCAUCGAGUCCUGCAGCAGGCAGUUCCCCGACUCAAGUGGCAGCUAUGAGAGCGUGAAGAUGGACUUGGGCGCGGAGGACCUGACGCUGGGGCGCCACGGCAGCCAGGUCGCCCCCGACGACGACGACGAUGACCACGACGACCACGACGACAACGACAAGAUCAACGAUGCCGAGGGCGUCGACCCCGAGAGAUUAAAGGCCUUCAACACCCGUCCUACUCCUCCUCACCUGACCUCGGCCAUGGCUGAGAACAUCCUGGCUGCAGCUUGUGAGAGCGAGUCGCGCAACGCUGCCAAGAGAAUGCGCCUCGAAACGUACAAUGACGAGCCGGUGUCCGUGGAUAAGGCCUGCGGUGGGGGGGGCGGCCUCAGGGAGCCGGGCUCCCUGGUCCACUCCGCCUACUCCCUGGCCCCGUCCGCCUUCCCCCCCCAGGACACCCAGCUCUACAUCAACGGCGCGGGCCUCAGCUACGGUUACCGUGGAUACCCGGGCCUGGGCGCUGCCAUCCAGCAUCCGGUUUCCUUGACAACCGGCGCUGCUGCUCAGAGCAACGGUGAGGACGGGGGGGAACUGUCUACUGCUAGCCCCCAUAGCAGUAGACAGCUCAGCCAACCGGAGAUCGGCGCCGUGCGUCAGCUGAUCGCGGGCUACCGGGAGUCGGCCGCCUUCCUGCUGCGCUCCGCCGACGAGCUGGAGAGCCUGAUCCUGCAGCAGAACUGA